AUGGCGUCUGUUGUUGAAUCUCUUCCUCAGAGACUUGUCUCUCACUCUCAGUCCCAGAAGUCUGCAGACAUUUCUGUCGUGACAGAUUGGGAAAUGCAAGCUGAAAAAUGCCGUGCAGUCCUUCGAAAGUCUCUCAACCCAGCUUGGCUUCUACCACCUGCUCAGCUUCCACCCGCUGACCAGCUCAAUGUUUCUACUUUCAUCGAAACAUGCGGCUUCCUCUCAGCACGAGAGCUGGAAAUAACAGCUACAAGCGCAACGAACCUGGUAGAGCAAAUGGCCUCUGGCUCUCUGACGGCUGUUGAAACAGUGACGGCCUUUCUCAAGAGAGCUCAUAUCGCACAUCAACUUACCAACUUUGCAACCGAGUUCAUGAAUGCCGAUGCACUCGAAGACGCUGUUGAACUUGAUGCCCACUUCAAGGCAACUGGCAAAAUCAAGGGGCCCCUGCAUGGUAUCCCAAUCUCGACCAAGGAGCACAUUGAACAUAAGGGACGCAUUGCACAUUCGGCUUACGUCGCUCUUAUUGACAACGUUGCUGAAGAAGACGCCUUGAUUGUUCAGUGCUGUAAAAAGGCUGGAGCAAUAUUCCAUGUACGAACGAAUGAACCUCAAAGCGUAAUGCACAUUGACUGCUCCAACCCAAUCUACGGCAUGACUGUGAACCCGCACAACCGAACAUUAACAUGCGGCGGCUCGAGUGGAGGAGAAGGCGCUUCGUUGGGACUCCGUUGCGCAGCUUUGGGUAUUGGUACCGACCUUGGAGGUUCUGUGAGAGUACCUGCUGCCUUUUGUGGCGCAUAUGGACUGAGGACUACCGCACUGCGCAACCCGUACAAAGGCGUGUGUCUCCCUGGUGCUGGACAAGAGAGCAUCCGAUGCGUUAUCUCGCCUUUGGCCAAUACUGCAGAAGACCUUGGGCUCUUUCAACAAGCAGUUCUUGAUCAGGAGCCCUGGGAAAUUGAGACAUCGCUGGUACCUCAGGCUUGGAAGCAGUCCAGUCCACUGGAACCUGGUAGCUUUACUAUUGGUGUUAUGUGGGAGGAUGGGCUUGUCCGACCUCAUCCUCCAGUCGUUCGCGCACUGAGAUACGCCGUUGAGAAGCUCAAGACCGCAGGCAUUACUGUGGUCGACUUUGAGCCACACAGCCAUCAAGAGGGCAUGGAUAUUGUUUCCAGACUGUACUUUCCUGAGUGUGCUGUGACACAGAAGGAACUCUUGGAAAAGGGAGGAGAGCCUAUUGCGCUGCUGUCGGACUAUAUCUUCAGCUUUUCUCCGCCACGGCCCCUAACUAUACAAGAGAACUGGGCUUUUAAUGUCAAAAGAGACACCUUCCGAGAGCAGUACCAUAAGAUCAUGAAGGAUCGAGGUGUUGACUUUAUCCUCUGCCCCGCCUAUGUCGGGCCUGCUGCAAAGUUGGGCGAUGGUCAUUAUAUCCCUUACACAGCCAUCUGGAAUCUUCUAGAUCAGCCAGCUGUCACAUUUCCGACUGGGUUGAAGGUUGAGCUAACAGAUACACCAUCCUCUGACUUCAAACCUCGAUCAGCUGAAGAGGAACGAGAGUACAACAAGUAUUCGCCUGAAGAGUACGCUGAAGCACCCUUGGCGUUGCAGAUUGUUGGUAAGCACUUCCGCGAUGAAGACACGGUUGCUGUUGUAGAGUUAGUGUCAAAAAUUGUCCGAGGAUGA